GAUCUAAUCGCCAGGGUCUUCCGGCUCUCGACUUCCCGUGGCGCAGAUAACCGAGCCCCAAGGUGCGUACGUACCGCUCUGAUGUGGGAAGGGGAACCUGCCGUUGACUCUUUGCAGCUGUUCCAUCGUGGACUGCUAAGCGACCUCACUUCGUCCAUGAAUCGAUCGCCCGCUUGGACCGCUACUGCCUGAUUUGAGUGAACGGGACCCCUGCCUCCGGGAAGACCACGAUGAUGAAUCUCGUCGCCAACGAGUUGCUCGUGCGCCACCCGAACACUCCGAUCUAUAUCCUGGACGGCUGGGAAGAGGCAAGGGUCGAGAAAGCCGGCGGCCGGACCCUUUAUCUGAAAGCACUGAUCGGGGUUCCCGGACGUUCGCUCCGGAAUCAUCCGUGUUACAUCCUGGUGGAUGAGGCACAUGAAUCAUGCUGGGACAGGCAGCUAUGGAGUGCGCUCUUCAAGUCCUGCGGGCCCGGCGACGCAGUGAAGAUCGUCCUGUUCGCCCGCUACGGCACGGCCGCAGACGACAACCAUCAACCAUUCAAGACCACCCCGAUGAUGACCUUCCUUCCGCACCAGCAAAUAUCCCUCCGGCCAGACGAAGCGAUCGACCCAGAGUGGAAGCCGAUUGGUUUGCUGCUCGAGGAGAGCGAAGCCAACGACAUCCUUCCACAUUUCCUGCCCACCGUGAUUCCAGAUAGUGAGCAGAUCUUGACGGACGGAUCGAAACACGGACUGUUCCUGACCAGUGGCGGCCAUGCUGGGCUAUUUACAUCCCUUAUACAUGUCCUGCGAGCGAUACCGAAGCUCCAAAAGCCGAUCCAGAGCCGUCGCCCCCUCGACUGGCAGACCACAUGCGACGGGCUUUUCAGUGAUGCUCUGCUGUUCUUCGAGCAUAUCAGGACCACCAUCUUCUCCCGAGGCUUACCGAGACAGAAGAUGGUGCAAAACUCCGCUUACGCGACGGUCUUGAAGCAUGCCAUUGCUUGCGACGGAACGAGCCGGUCGAGCUUUCCCAGCGACUCGGAUGAAGAGCGGGCGCUCGAAGAUAUCUGGAGACGCGGAUGGCUCCAUGCAGAGCAGAUGGAGGGAGGAGAGACAUACUACAUGUUCCCCACACAGGUUCAUCGGUGGUACUGCCAGUUCCUCUUCAAGCCAAACCAUCCCCGUAAAAAACUCGUCUAUCAGUCCCCCCUCGAGAUGACGGUCGACGCGAUCCGCAAAUUCCACCCCGACCAGCUCGCAGGUACUCCUGCGAUGCCGAUUGAAGACCAAUGUCAGAAGGAGUUCUACCGCUGCCUCUUCCCACUGCUCAUCGAACGCCACAUCACCGUCGCCCCGGAGUAUCUGAUCAAGACGGGGAUCCGGAGCGGGCGGAUGGAUCUCCUGGUGCCCCAGAAGCAGUGGGGAGUAGACCUGCUUCGCAGCGGCGACCGGAUCCAGCAGCAUAUGCAACGCUUCAAAAACAAGGGGCCGUAUUACCCCCUGCUGAGGGACAAGCUGAUCCAGGAGUAUCUUGUUCUGAAUUUCACCCGCACACCACCGCGGAAAAGCUACCCAGCAUAUCGCGGUCAUCUGUAUCACAUUGUCUUGUCGGGGGAAGUAGAUGGAGCUGACAUAGGUGAUUGGUUUCUCUCCAGACAUAUAAGAUAGGCAUUCACUUGUCACUGG